CAAGUUCAACAUCCAUUCAGACGAGCUGGCCAUACAGAAGGGGAGGACUGGGUCCUAAGAAAUGUCCCGUCACUGCCCCCCGGGUUGGAUUGCAUCUCUUUCACUUGGAAAUCAACCAAAACCGUUCCAGCUAGCUGAAAUUAACCGGCUCAGUUCAUAAGCCGCCAGUUAUGCCCACAUCAUGGGUCGUGGUGGUUUGGUUCUUUGUUUUCUUCCUACUAGCCUAGCCAUCCAUCUCCUGUCAACAUGCUCCAUAGCUUGGUGACGAUGAAUUUCCUGACAUGGAGUGGAAUUCUGACAGCUCUGCUAGCCGUGUUUUCUGCCUCGGCGUCGGCACUACAGUUGGAUGUCAACAGUACCCAAUCCCUCAAAGAUGCCGCCACUACGACGGCUGUCAAUUUAUUCUGCAAUUCCACCAUCAGCGGAGCCGUCAACCCCGUAUACGGCGACGACGAUCAAGCCUUUAACGCAUCCGUCCUGGAAGCAUGGCUCUAUUCCAUUUUAAUCCCCUUCUGGAACGCAACCGGAAACGAUACUUACAACGACAUGAUCCGGACUCGCCUCUACAGCAAGAUUGACACGGAGCUCAGCACAUCCUGGGUCGAUGACGGUAAUGGCGACAGCAACAUAAACCAUGCAGCCUGGGCAUUGGCUGCAGUGACAGCAGCCGAGUUCGGGUUUCCUGGAAACACAUCCACGCAAUGGGAAGUCCUGGCAGGAAACGCAGCAGGCACGAUGCAGAGUCUUUGGGCGUUUGCGCAGACUUGCAGUGGUGGUCUUAUAUUUUCCCAACAAAAUACUUCAUUCAAAGACGCCUUCAGCAAUGGAGAAUACUUCCAACUGUCUUCCCGGUUAGCCUAUCUGACCCACGGAAACGACCAGGGCACCUAUUCGACCAGUGCCGCCACUGUAUGGGACUGGAGUGUGACCAAUCAGCUGGUGAACGAAACCGACUGGACUAUGAAUUUCGUGACGAUGAACAGUACCAAUGGCCAGAACUGUACGGCAGGGCCGAAUCAAAUGCUAUGGACAUACCAAUACGGGCUCUACAUGAGCGGAGCAGCGUACAUGUACGAAGUAACCGGCAUCAAAGAAUGGAAGACUCGAGCAGAAGGCCUCCUGAACAAGAGCAUCGAACUCUUUUUCAAAAAGCGCGUCAUGGUCGAAGGUGGAUGGAUCCUGGGCAACUCAGCCGAAGUAGGCGGAUAUUACAUCGACGACAACACCGAAUACAGCUUCCGUGGGCUCUUUAUAACCUGCCUCGUCUCGGUAGCACGCCUCAUACCCGAGACCGUGGACACCAUCGUGCCCCUCCUCGAAACCACCGCCAAAGCCGCAGCUAAGCAAUGCAGCGGCACCGCCAACAGUACCGUCUGUGGUUCCGAUUGGACCGAUCCUGUCUACGACCUGAACCCAAGCUUCUUCACUUCCAUGAGCGCCCUGAGUCUCUUCACGGCCAAUCUGCGACUGGACCGGACUGCCGGGAACAAGACUACUACCAAUGGAACCAGUACCAGUGGGAGCACUAGCGGAAGCAGCAGUGGAAGUGGCAGUGGAAGCAGCUCGCUCUCCGGCGGCGAUAUUGCAGGUAUCGUGGUCGGGUCGGUUGCCGGCGUGGCCCUGAUUGCGGCUGCUGCGUUCUUUAUCUGGCGGAAAAUGAAAAAGCAACCAGCGCAGCCCGUGGCUGAGGAGCAGAAGCCUGUCACCGACAACACCACGGAUAGCAAAGGCAAGUUCCCCUCUGCCGAGCUCGAUCAACAGGCUGCUAGUGUUGCGGAACUUGCCCCAGGCGGCGGUGCCUAUAAUUACCCCGAGAUGGACGGCGGCCCUUUGCCUGAAAAUGUGGCCCAGGAGUUGCCCGCGACCAGGACGAUACGUUACGAACUGGAUGCUUCUUAACAUAUGAGGAAUAUGUAAUCAGCGAUACCUGUGGUUAAUGUGUUGCACAUGCCAUUAUAAUGACAAAAUAAAAGAAUAAUUGAUUUGAGGCCGCAGUCUGUUCACUUGUUCCAGGUUCUUCGCACAGUGGAGACGUCCAGUUGAAAAAAAUGCUCCAGGCGAAGUAUCAUGGUCUCAAACGUUC